AUGCCCCACAUCUUUUUGUUUGCUGCAGUGUUAUCUGUGAUAGCACCUACAACAUUCUCACCAAUGCCAUCAAUAACAUGGCUGAUGCCUUGAACAAGCCACUCUGCAUCAUGACCUUGCUCCUCAGUACAUCAGAGAAAAGUUCUUUGAAGCUGUCAUCCCAGAAACCUAUGUUGCUGUUGAUGAGCAAUUAGUCCCAUUCAAAGGCGCCAGUUGUCUGAAGCGUUAUCUCCCAAAGAAACCAAAAAAGUGGGGCUAUAAGCUAUGGGCCAUUGCUGGUGUUUCUGGGUAUGUCUAUACUUUUGAAGUGGAUGGAGAGAAAGGGAAAACUGGUCCUCCAGAUGGGUGGGAUGCACCAGAAAAGUGUGGCGAAAGUGGAUUUGUUGUCUUGCGCUUGACUGAGAAGCUUGAAGAAGAUAAGCACAAACUUUUCUUUGACAACUUCUUUUCAAGCCCAGGACUAAUGGAAUAUUUAGCUAGGAAAGGUUUUUGGGCUUUGGCAACAUUGAAUGCCAAUAGGUCCAGGAAAUGUCCUUUACCUAGUGAAAGCGAUUUGACGAAGAGUGGCAGAGGUUCUUCAGCACAAAAUGUAAAUAAAGAAAGAUUGGUUAUCGUAACAUCAUGGUACGACAGCAGAAGAGUCCUGAUGAUAUCCAAUUUUAUUGGAAAAGAACCAGUUGGAGAAUGUACCCGGUACAUCCGCAAGGAGAAGGCCACUGCAAGUGUUGAACGACCUGCUUCAGUUGAGUUGUAUAACAACUACAUGGGUGGUGUUGACAAGUCCGACAUGAUGUUGGCCCUGUAUCGCACAAAAUAUAGGUCUCGAAAGUGGUAUCAGCGAAUUGCAUUGCACCUGAUAAGCCAAUGUGCAGUGAAUGCGUGGAUCAUAUACAAGGAGAUGGGAGGAUUAAAAAGCUACUUGGAUUUCCUCACUGAAAUUUGUGUCACCCUCAUGGUCGGAAAGCCACAGAGCGACGACUCGGACAAAGAUCAGCCUGAACCACUGCCACCCACCAAAGAAGAGAAUGAAGGCAUCAAAUAUCCCAGAAGCUACAAGAUAUGA